UGCGCAAGGCAAAGCCAAGCCUAGACCUCUUCAGCCUUUUGCGCACCCUGCUCAACUUUUCUCUGUCCCAAAAAGUCCAGGAACGAUCUUUCUUGUUAAAUCGUCUCAUCUCGAUUGGGCCUGUUAUUCGCGUGCGGAAUCGGAUCUGACGUUCUUGAGACUAUCUGGAAAUCAACAUGGCUGGUGGAAGCAUGGACAUUGAGGCUGCUGAGAAGCAGCUCAAGUCGCUGGAUCACUCGGAGCAGCACUACUUCAACAGUUAUAAUCACCAUGGCAUCCACGAGGAAAUGUUGAAAGAUGAGGUGCGAACAAGAUCGUACAUGAAUGCGAUCGUCCAGAACAAGCAUAUCUUCAAGGACAAGGUCGUGCUAGAUGUGGGAUGUGGCACCGGUAUUCUGUCCAUGUUCGCCGCUAAGGCCGGCGCAAAGCAUGUCGUCGGUGUCGACAUGUCGACCAUCAUCUUCAAGGCCCGCGAAAUCGUCGAGCGCAAUGGCUUGUCAGACAAGAUCACCCUGCUGCAAGGCAAGAUGGAGGAGGUCGAGGUGCCCUUCGAGAAGGUCGACAUCAUCAUCUCGGAGUGGAUGGGCUACUUCCUCCUGUACGAGAGCAUGCUGGACACUGUGCUCUACGCCCGCGACAGGUACUUGGCCAAGGACGGCCUCAUCUUCCCCGACAAGGCGACCAUCUUUGUGGCUGGUAUCGAAGACGGGGAUUACAAGGAGGAGAAGAUCGGCUUCUGGGACAACGUCUACGGCUUCGACUACACACCGCUCAAAGAGACGGCCCUCUCGGAGCCGCUGGUCGACACAGUCGAGAUGAAGGCGGUCGUGACGGACCCCACCGCCGUGCUCUCGCUCGACCUGUACAAGGUGCAGCCGGCCGACCUGGCCUUCAGCUGCCCCUUCGACCUGACGGCGCGGCGGGACGACUUCAUCCACGCGCUGGUGGCCUGGUUCGACAUCGAGUUCUCGGCGUGCCACAAGCCGAUCCGCUUCUCGACCGGCCCCCACACCAAGUACACGCACUGGAAGCAGACCGUGUUCUACCUCAAGGACGUGCUCACGGUCCAGCAGGGCGAGCGGAUCGAGUGCUCGCUCCACAACCGGCCAAACGAGAAGAACCGUCGGGACCUCGACAUCAAGAUCCAAUACCGCCUCGACACCCAGGACCCGAACCGGCAGGCCGAGGGGACCUGCUUAUACAAGAUGUGCUAGGAAAUAUUGCGGCGCGGAAAAAGGUGGACUCCACGAGAAGGCCAGCUUCUGAGCCAGCUUCCGAUGUCGAUAUGGAUGGGAUAUGGAAGGCUGGAAAAUGCACCAUGGAGUAGUCUUCGUGCCAAGUGCUAACACUCCUAUAAGAGAAAGGGUUCGAUUGGCGUUCUUUUGCUUUGGCUUAUCAUCAUCAUUUUGCGCGUCCAAGAGGGAAAAAGGGCCGGCCAAGAGUGUGUGGUGCCAUAGGGACGGGUGUACUACGGCCGUUGAGUGAGUGUCUUGAUACAUAGCGAUACCCGUAGAAAAGGGGGAGAAAUACUAGAAGGACCUCUUUUCUUGGAA